GCACACCACACAUUGGAGCAGCUGAGCUGAGAAGCGGAAAAGGGUAUCUGUCGUCGUGCACACAUUUGAGCAUAGGCUAUACCACGAAUUGGGGCUCUCCAAGGAAGCUAAAUUGGAGGACGAGGGCGUGUUUGUUUUUACUGAGCCUUUCAGUUUUCAUUUUCUGCAGUCUUGGUAAGAGAACGGAAUAUAUUAGGGUCUGUUUCAAGGACUCGAGCAGAGAUGUCAGAGUUUCUGGUGAAUCUACUCGGGGAGCGGCUCGUCAACAGCGAGACAGCCGAGGUGGAUGUACAGGCGCUGGGCAGCAAGCUGUCCCUGGUCGGGCUCUACUUCGGCUGCAGUUUAAACGGCCCCUGUAAGCAGUUCAACGCCAGUCUGUGUGAGUUUUAUAGCAAGUUCAAAAAAUCAUCUGAACAUAAAGACACAUUGGAAAUCGUCUUCGUCUCAUCUGAUCAGGACCAGAAACAUUGGCAAGACUUUUUACAGGAGAUGCAAUGGCCGGCAUUGCCUUUCAAAGAUAGACACAAAAAGAUGAAGCUGUGGAACAAGUACAAGGUGACCAGUAUUCCCUCGCUGGUGUUUGUGGAUGCAGCCACAGGGAAGGUGGUGUGUCGGAAUGGACUGCUGGUGGUGAGAGAUGACCCCAAAGGCUUGGAGUUCCCCUGGGGGCCCAAGCCCUUUGCGGAGGUGGUGGCCGGCCCUCUGCUCAGGAACAACAGGCAGACGACAGACAUCAGCUCCCUGGAGGGCCACUAUGUGGGAGUGUACUUCUCAGCACACUGGUGCCCUCCAUGCCGCAGUCUGACCCGUGUGCUCUUGGAAUCAUAUCGCACUGUGAAGGAAUCGGGUCAACAUUUUGAGAUGGUGUUUGUCAGCGCUGACCGGUCGGAGGAGUCCUUUCAGCAGUACUUCAGUGAGAUGCCUUGGUUGGCAGUCCCAUACUCAGACGAGGCCCGACGAUCACGACUCAACAGACUCUUUGGAAUACAAGGUAUUCCCACCCUUAUUCUGCUGGACGCGGAGGGUCACAUGAUCACGCGACAGGGCCGUGUGGAGGUGCUGAAUGACCCAGAGUGUCGGCUCUUCCCCUGGCAUCCCCGGCCCGUACUGGAGCUCAGCGAGUCUAACGCUGUGCAGCUCCACGAGGGGCCCUGCCUCGUGCUCUUUGUGGAUACGGAGGAGGAGGGAGAGCUGGAGCCGGCGAAGGAGCUGAUCCAGCCAAUCGCAGAGAAGAUCAUGGCUAAGUACAAAGCCAAGGAGGAGGAGACACCACUGCUCUUCUUUGUGGCUGGAGAGGAUGACAUGAGUGACUCUCUGCGUGACUACACCAACCUCCCAGAGGCAGCACCCCUGCUCACCAUCCUGGACAUGUCUGCCCGGGCCAAGUACGUUAAGGACGUGGAGGAGAUCACACCGGCCGUGGUGGAGACCUUUGUCCAAGACUUUCUAGCUGAAAAGCUCAAACCAGAGCCCAUCUAGAGAGCACGGCUAGACUGUCCCAAAUGACACUCUAUUCCCUGCAUAGUGCACUGCUUUUGACCAAGGUCCAUAGUCCUGGUCUAAAGUAGUGCACUAUAUAGGGAAUAGGGUGCCAUUUGGGGGACACUCCUAAACUUAUGGGACUGAACCCACACCUUCAUCAAACCCUGAACUCCCGGCUACCACCACCAGCCAGCCUCCUCUCCAUCUCCCCCUUUCUGUCAAAGGUCUCACUUUUGACUGACAUCAACUUUUUUUAGACAGGUCUUUCUCUCAUGGAGUCUUCUCCUGUGGUGCCUUGCAUUGACUAAAGCCCCUGCAGUAAUAUGGACAUUCUGUUGCUUUUUGGCUCCAAUAGCUUAUUUGAUCAGUUUCAUUAUUGGCAUUUCUUGAUACUAGAAAAAACCACACAAUGUUGACCCAAUGGACUUGAAUUUUCACAAUGUCUCUUUCUUUUGCCGAACCCUCAUUGCUGGGAAAGAAUAAAAUGAUUGCAACAAAUGUUCUGUAGUUGUAAUUUACAAGUAUGCAGUGCAGAAAAUUUUCUGAUCUUCCGUCUGGUGUUAUUGUUCUUCUGUUUAAAUGGUGCUGCAGAAUAGUAUGACUGCUGUGCAUACAGUAUAGACCUAACAAUGUCUGAUUUCCCUGUUUUUAAAAGGUCAUUUUCUCUAUUUGCUUGUUUUGUAUUGUGAAUGGUAUUUCAAAUACCAUGUCAUGUUCUCCAUGAUACGAGAGAUAGUAGUCUUAUCAUAAUUAUGUUUCCAUCUCAACCACCAUGACAUUUAAGAUGAUUUUCUGUGAAGAUCCUCUCUUGAAAAGGCCAGAUAUUUUUGAAGGCACAAAAAUGGCAUUUAAAAUCCAUCUUAGCAACUAAGUGAAGUAUUAAUUCACAUUUUCUGUCACUCCCUGGUCGUCUUUAGUCAUAACUUCACAGCCAUUAAAAUUCACUGUUAAGCACAA